AUGGUUGUGACUCGAGUCCGCCCUAGUUGGUGGAUGGGGUCCUGCAUGGCAGUCUGGGCAAUCAUCAGCGGGCUCACAGCCGUAAGCAAGGAUUACACGGGUUUGCUCCUCACCCGUUUUUUCCUGGGAAUUACUGAAGCCCCGUACUAUCCUGGCGCUUUGUACGUCCUCGCAACCUUUUACACGCGCAAAGAGCUGGCUACGCGGAUAUCCAUCCUGUAUACGGGCAAUAUUCUGGCCACGGCCUUUGCGGGGUUGAUCGCGCUGGGUAUCUUCCAAAUGGAUGGAAUGGCCGGACUCGCCGGUUGGCGGUGGCUGUUCAUACUCCAAGGAGUUGUCACUUUCAUCAUCGCCGUUAUUGCCUUCUUCAUUCUGCCCGACGAGCCUCUGACAACACGAUGGCUUACCCCAGAGGAGAGAAUACUAGCCAAUGAGCGCAUUCUCCGCGACACUGUGGGCAACACCGGUCAAACAACGACUUGGACUGGUCUCCUGGAGGCAGCCAAAGACCCUAAGGUUUGGCUUUUUACAGCGAUGCAGCAUUUCCAUCUCGGAGCCAAUGGUUUCAAAAACUUCUUCCCGACCGCCGUCAAGACUCUAGGUUUCAAUGAGACUCUAACGCUUGUCUUGACCUGCCUACCUUAUCUCAUUGCGGGCAUCAUUUCAAUUGCAUGGUCUUGGUCUUCCGGAAGAUUUAACGAGCGAACUUGGCAUAUUACCAUCGCCAAAGCGAUUGCCGUCUUUGGUUUUGUCCUGGGCUGCGCAACGUUGAAUACAGCCGCUAGAUAUUUCGCCAUGUGUGUCUUUUCUAUUGGGACAUACGCCGUCAACAGUAUUAUUCUUGGCUGGGUAUCAGCAACUUGCUCUCAGACCAAGGAGAAGAAGGCGUCCUCGCUGGCCAUUGUAAACUGUAUCGCCGUUAGUUCCUUCAUUUGGACCCCGUAUAUGUGGCCCAAAAGUGACGAGCCUCGCUACACCAUGGCCAUGUCCACAAGCGCUGCCCUUAGUGUUGCGACAGCUGCUGGUGCGUGGGCGAUGCGAUUCUGGUUGAUGGCAGAGAACAAGAAGAUACGGCGCUCAGAGAAUGAGAAUGUGUUGUUCUACGCUUACUAG